AUGAUACCUACUAUGGGUGUCAAACGCGUCGGUUCUCCGAAGAAAGUCUCCCCUUCACAGAGCAAGCAAAAACGACCAAACAACAUUGUUCGAGGCAAACGGGAUGACCCACACGGACCAAGUCUGAAAUGGGAUUGGGGGCCUUUGAAAGAACUGGAGAUUAAGAAUGAACCUGGUAGCAGUAACGUCGCCCAUAACAGCGCCGAUAUCAUCAAGAUCAGUUCUUCAGAGGAAGAAAGCCCUUCGCCAAAAAAACCCAGGAGUUCAGAAUCUACAGAACUCAGAACCCUGAAAGCCGAGAAAGCUGCCCUCAAACAAAGAUACCAAGAGCUUCAAAAUCGCUUUCGUGUCCUUGAGGACACUCAUAGUAAGACCGAGGCAGACCUGAAAAAAUGGGGCAUCCCGGCCGUCUCACAGAUCAUCAGGUGUGAAAUAUGCUUGGCAUAUAUGAAUACUCCAACGUUCAUCGUUGAAUGCGGUCAUACAUUCUGCCAUGGCUGCAUUCAUCGGUGGUUUACGGAGGAGGACCGCAAAGAUGUUUCAUGGUCUCUAGAUCUCGAGCCUGGAUAUUCCUGCCCUUUAUGUCGUGGGAAGGUCACCAGUCGCCCUUGCCCCGCGUAUAAGUUCAACGAAAUAGUUUCAGCCACAAUGCAGGAGAUACUCAAGAAUCUGAACCUUCAAGAGGCGGAAAAGAUAGAGGCAGAAAAUCACCGCCAUGCGGUGGCCCAAAAUGAGGAGCAGUGGGACCAGUAUUUCUUCUUAUAG